GCCCCUUUAAUCGGCGGCGGGCGGGCGGGGCCGAGGAGAUCCCGCGAGAGCUGCGGGAGGCGGGGGGCGGGGGGCGGCGCCGCGCCUGGGGGGCCCCCGAGGCGGAUGGAGGAGCCCGCGAUGGAGCCGGAGACUCUAGAGGCGCGAAUCAACCAGGCCACAAACCCCCUCAAUAAGGAGCUGAACUGGGCCAGCAUCAACAGCUUCUGCGAGCAGCUCAACGAGGACUUUGAAGGGCCUCCACUUGCCACCCGGCUGCUGGCCCACAAGAUCCAGUCUCCUCAGGAGUGGGAGGCGAUGCAGGCCCUGACGGUGCUGGAGACGUGCAUGAAGAGCUGUGGCAAGCGCUUCCAUGACGAGGUGGGCAAGUUCCGUUUCCUCAACGAGCUCAUCAAGGUCGUGUCACCCAAGUACCUGGGCUCCAGGACAUCAGAGAAGGUUAAGAGCAAGAUCCUGGAGCUGCUGUACAGCUGGACAGUCAGCCUGCCCGAGGAGGUGAAGAUCGCCGAGGCCUACCAGAUGCUGAAGAAGCAAGGGAUCGUGAGGGCGGACCCCAAGCUUCCCGAAGACGCCCUCUUUGCCCUCCCUCCGCCGCGGCCCAAGAAUGUCAUCUUUGAAGACGAGGAGAAAUCCAAGAUGCUGGCCCGCCUGCUGAAGAGCUCACACCCCGAGGACCUGCGUGCAGCCAACAAACUCAUCAAGGAAAUGGUGCAGGAGGACCAGAAACGGAUGGAGAAGAUCUCAAAGCGGGUCAACGCCAUCGAGGAGGUGAACAACAACGUGAAGCUGCUCACAGAGAUGGUGAUGAACCACAGUCAGGGCGGCGCCUCCGGCAGCAGCGAAGACCUCAUGAAGGAACUUUACCAGCGGUGCGAGCGCAUGCGGCCUACACUUUUCCGACUGGCCAGCGACACAGAGGACAAUGAUGAGGCAUUAGCUGAGAUCCUUCAGGCCAAUGACAACCUGACACAGGUGAUCAACCUGUACAAGCAGCUGGUGCGGGGCGAGGAGGUCAAUGGGGACACCACAGCCAGCGCCGUCCCAGGGAGCACUUCAGCCCUGCUGGACCUCUCGGGCCUCGAUCUUCCCACCGGCACCACGCACCCAGCUGUGCCCUCCUGCCCUGGCGGACAGGCCAGCCCUGAGCCACUCAGCACCUCUGUCUCCCUGCUUGACGAUGAGCUCAUGUCCCUGGGCCUGAGCGACCCCACACCCCCUGCAGGCCCCAGUUUGGAGGGGGCUGGGUGGAACAGCUUCCAGUCCUCUGAAAGCGCUGAGCACCCCACCCCCACUCAGGCGCAGGCUGCCAGCACCAACAGCCGGCCUGUAGUGGCACAGACAGCCCUGCCGCCCCCACCGCCACCAAGCAGCAGUGGCCUGGACGACCUAGACCUCUUGGGGAAGACCCUCCUGCAGCAGUCGCUGCCCCCGGAGUCACAGCAAGUGCGGUGGGAGAAGCAGCAGCCAGCGCCCCGGCUCACACUGCGGGACCUGCAGUCCAAGAACAGUGGCAGCUCGCCCAGCUCGGGGGCUGUCAGCCUGCUCCCCACCACAUCCCCGGAGCCCCCUGCGCCCUCACGGCAGCCCACGCCCCCUGAGCUCUCUCUGGCCAACAUCACUGUGCCCCUGGAGUCCAUCAAACCCAGCAGCAUCCUGCCCGUGACCGUGUAUGACCAGCAUGGCUUCCGCGUCCUCUUUCACUUCGCCCGCGACCCACUUCCCGGGCGCUCCGACCUGCUCGUGGUGGUGGUCUCCAUGCUAAGCACCGCCCCCCAGCCCAUCCGCAACAUUGUCUUUCAGUCAGCUGUCCCCAAGGUCAUGAAAGUGAAGCUGCAGCCACCCUCGGGCACAGAGCUGCCUGCCUUCAACCCCAUUGUCCACCCAUCGGCCAUCACCCAGGUCCUGCUCCUCGCCAACCCUCAGAAGGAGAAGGUUCGCCUGCGCUACAAGCUCAUCUUCACUAUGGGCGAGCAGACCUACAACGAGAUGGGGGAUGUCGACCAGUUCCCCCCACCCGACACCUGGGGGAGCCUCUAGGACAGAGAGGGCCUGGGGGGAGGAGGGGCAGGGGCCUGGCCACCAUCCGGCCUGGGUGGGAGGCCACACUCCUUCACCCUGCGCCUGGUGCUGCUCCCCAAACCCCUUGGCUCCCACUUUGCCUCCUCCCAGGCUAAGCCAAACCCAGCAGGAGGCUGGGCUCGCGCUUGCACUGCUGGCCUCCUCCGCCCCCUGUCAGUAGUGGGAGCCUGGCCAGGGAGAGGCCCCAGGGCCCCAGAGGACCUUCAGUCAGUGGGGAGAAGGUAGUGGGGAGAAGUGUGGAGCUGUAGGGGAAGGGCCAGGCUUGAGGCAGCCCUGCCCCGCUGCCUGCGGUGGGUCCUCCCCGCCCGUCUCGUAUGCCUUAUGGGAAGGCCCAGCCAUAACCCGGGAGCCGUGCUGGAGCUAGGGACCGCCCUCGCCUCUGCCACAGGAACCCAGUGAAUGGGGGGUGACCCUGCACCCCCAGCUAUUUGCACUCUGGUGUGUGAUUUGACUCUGCGAUUCUUUCCAAAUGGCCCUAUGUCUGCAGCCUUGUGGGGGAAAUAAAGGGGAACACCACCCAGGCCCCCUCUUCCCGGAAGGCCUCCCUCUGCUCUCAAGCCUCCUGUGAGGCUGUGGAGGGGGUCCAAGGGUGACGCCAGAACCGCAGCCAGGGGCUGUGGGGGCCUUGGCGUGUCUCCUUCAGUCAUGGGCCCCUGCUGGGGUCUCCUGUGGGCGUCCCACAGCCAGCCGUCCACCUGUGGGUGGUCAGAAGUGGGGUCCAUGUGUGAGUGAGAGCAGGAGUAUUUAUGAAAAUAAAACAUCCUUUUUCCCGGA